AUGAUGAAAACGAAGAGUGGCAGAAGAUAUGAGCAUCUCAAAUGGAUGAUUUCUAUCAUUGGUGUUGCUGUUUAUCUGUUUAUCAGCAUACUCUCAAUAUAUAACUUGGAAUAUCAAUUAGCAGCACUACUGCCGAAAGUUUGUUAG